CUACCCCUGACAUCCAUCAUGGCGGCAGCACCAUGUUUCCCGGCGAUACUGACGCCCUUGCCAGGUCCAACAACAGAUCGAAUCGACAUUGCCCCCCUGAGAGCCAUGCUUCGACGGCAAUAUGACAAUAAGACCAUGACCACCACUUCCGGGGCGGCGACCACCGCCAUGACAAUAGUAAUUACCACAGACGACAACCAUUCUUGCACUAGCUUCAAUGGCUUCUCUACCUGCAGCUCAGCAGGUGAUUACGGGGCUUGUUUUGCCAGCUCCUCCACAGAUCACUGUAACUUCAAUAACGGCAUACAGUAUCUUGAGUGCGUCUCCGUUGCCCUUGCUACGUCCAGCUGUUGGGGAGCGGUAGGCGGUGAGCCUAACUGGGAGGCCUACGAACAGUCCUGGUUCCAGACUGCAUGCCCAACACCUCCCAGCAGUGUGAUGGCACAGCUACCUCAGCCUUCAACAGUUCAACUCGAACUAACCCCCGUCUCAACCAUAAUUCCCCCUGGACCCAUUACUGCACCCCCACUCCCUAUAGCCCCGAGCAUCAUCCCAGGCGAAGGGCCACCCUUGCUCGAAGGCGACUGCACCGCGACUUCAUUCUCCAUGAUACAAGGUGAUGACAAGGUGUUUUAUGUUCCUUUCAUCGGCUGCGACAACUUGAGACCGGAGUGUUGUCCAUUCAGUGGUCGCACAGUGGCCGUUGCUGAUGGCAGCAAACAACAAGCGAACCGAGACACUGCAAAAUUGGUGAAAUGUCCUAUAGACUAUUACAGCGUUCCUGGAGGAUUAUAUUGCCCAAACGGUUACUUCAAGUUCACAUUUACCUUGGCCAGUGCAACCCCUUUUUUCAGUUCCUUAAUUGAAAAGGCCUCCCCGCCUGUGAUAACGGCAGGUGACGCGAAGAACCCCGCCAACUCUGAUUUGCCGACGUCGGCAAUCUUAAAUGCGGUCUGGGCGAUGGGGUAUAGCGUUGGGGUGUCACAGACAGGAGGCUCCAACGGCUUGUCGCCAGGCGCCGUAGUAGGGAUUGGGGUUGGAGUUGGGAUGCUAGUCCUACUUGGAGCCUUGUAUCAUCACAAUACGCCCCCAGUGCUGUCACUGCUGCUGCUAGUGGCGGCGGAGCAGGAGGAUGGCAAGAGCAACGACCUCUUUAUCCGUCUCAGCCUGCGUAUGGGCAUGGGUGGCAACAACAUCCAGUUUCUGAUGGACACACACAUCAAUGGGAAUGGCAACGUGAACAACACCAGCAACAAGGGCACACUUAUGAACCAUAUCGUCGAUACCAACUAGAAUGACACUGUUUCUCAGUUCCUUGGCGCUUUGAGCACCAUGGUCUCAUAUAUGAAAGCCCGGACGGACG